GGGGCCUGCAGCAGCACUCGUACAAACCUCUUACAGGCACACGCACUCUUGCCCCUACUAUUACAGUAGAAUUCGUGAUUUUUUAUGCAAUCCAAAGUUUUUGUCUCUUUCACGCACACGCACUCUCUUUGUUUUUCAACGCAAUCACCGCCAUUUUCAGCGGGAAAUUCGCAAGAAAUUCCGAUUUCAAUUCACCCCAUUUUGAGUAGCAGCGGUUUCGUGACUCCACGAACUAGAAACAGGGGCUGUUGAGGCUGUGUUUCUUUUGCCAGGGUUUCUAUGAGGGUCGAGUGUUGAUGUUUGAAGAUUUCAAUUCAGUUUAUGCUGUGAUUACGGAGAGGUUUUAUGAGAAUCCAAGAUUUAUGGUGGCUUUGAAAGUCUUAUGACUGCGUGUUUUGGGUUAUUUGUGUUGUACGAUUACCGUAGGCGAACUUAAUUUAUGUGGUUUGUGUCUUGAUUGCGUGAUCUUUCGAGUCAGCGUAAAGUUUGAUUUUUUGCGGGAAGGGACGGAGAAUAAUCGAAGUUUGUCAAUUUUAGAUUGAUUUUGAUGGCUCAGUCCAAUCUGAAGCAACAGAUGAGUCAGACUCUUAAUGUUGGGGGUCCUCACUCGCGCUCCUUAUCUCAACCCAUCUUUUUUGCGACUAAUUGUUUGCCCCCAUUAAGCCCUUUUCCUCCUAGCGAGUCUUCUCUGGCCUCUUCAAAUUCGAAUUUGAAGGAUGCGUCUAUGGAGGAUGUAGAUGUUAGUUCGCGAGUGGCUCCUUCAUUUUCCAGGGAAAAUCCUUUUCGAGGCAAUGAGAAUCUUCCCCCUCGUAGAGGGCACCGCCGGUCAAACAGUGAUGUUCCAUUGGGAUUCUCUGAUAUGAUUCAGUCAUCACCGCAGUUGGUUCCCAUAAGCAGCCAGGGUAAUUUGGGGAGAAUGGUUAAUAUGAGAGAAACUUCAGGAAAUGAGAAGCCCAUUGAGCUGCGAAGACGAGAAAUGGAUACGGUUGGUUAUAGCAAGGGCAGUGUUGAGGGAAUUGGUGAUAUAAAAUCCGAGGGAGAGGUUGUGGAUGACUUGUUUAACUCGUUAAUGAAUUUGGAUCAAGUGGAUGCUUUGCACUCAUCUGGUAUGGAGGAUAAAGAGAAAGACCGCCCCAUUUGUCGAACCAAGAUAGGUGGGGGUGAGAGCAGCAAUAAUGAGUCAGAGAGCGUGUCAAGGAAUGGCAUGACUCCUAGGGAAGGAGUGAAAAGAAGUGCUACUGGAGAGAUUGCACCCCCACCUCGGCAUUACAGGAGUCUUUCGAUGGAUAGUGCUAUGGAGAAAAUUUGUCUAGGCGAUCAGUCACCAAACUUGCAGACCUCCCUUUGUAAUCGAGUGGAUCAGCUCUCACCAAGCAAUUCCAUCAGCGAAAAUUCAGCUAAGUUCAACUUUGACUUUGGACAUGGUGAAUUUAAUGAUAUUGAGCUGAAAAAGAUUAUGGCAGAUGAGAGGCUUGCAGAAAUUGCCAUGUCAGACCCAAAGCGUGCAAAGAGGAUAUUGGCAAACCGGCAGUCAGCUGCUCGGUCUAAGGAGCGGAAGUUGCGGUACAUCUCAGAAUUGGAACACAAGGUACAAACUCUGCAAACAGAAGCCACCACGCUGUCAGCCCAAGUUACUAUGCUUGAGAAAGAAUAUGCUGAGUUGACCAGUCAGAAUAAUGAGUUGAAAUUCCGGGUUCAAGCUAUGGAGCAACAGGCACAGCUAAGAGAUGCUUUACAUGAGGCAUUGACUGCGGAAGUUCAACGUUUAAAGCUUGCAAAUAUGGAGCUUAGAGAUGAGAGAAGAACACCAAAUGGGAUGGCUCAGCAAGUAACUAUGAAGCAGCACGUGUUCUCCAUGCAGCAUCAGCAACCUAAUCAAAUGCAACGAUUAUCAGCGCCAACAUCUACAACCUCGACUACAACUUCAACAGCGCCUACCUCAGCAUAGCAACUCAUGUCCGAGAAUGGAGAUGCUCAAAUUUAAUAGGACUCCUACACAGUAUCUGGUGAUGCAGAUGUUACAGUAUUCAGGCGGCUUCGUUUAGACUACUACAGCAUAUAUAUUUGUUUAUAUUCAUUUCAAAUUACUUAGAGCAUUAUAAUUUCAUACAUUGAAUUGCUUUCUGAUAUACAUAAAAGGUAAAACUACAGUAUUAGGAGUUGAAGUUAAAGCUGAAGUUGUUUCGUUUUUCUUUAAUGUUGCCUAUGGAGGUAUGGGGACUAGUUGUGUACUUUCCGUUACUGCAACAUGUUAGGCCCAUUUGUAUGAUUUUGACUGCAAAGUGUUUGAUUUCUUGAUUUAGAAUUACCCGAUUACCCGUCUA